GCGGUAGAGAGCCAUUUUCUCUUUUUUUUUUUUUUUUUUUUGCAAACGAGGAAGGAAAUUACUCGACCAACUUCCGGGUAAACACCGACACAUGUCGCUUUAACUUUUAUAAGGCUUGCGUAUAGGUGCCCGAACAUUGACUGAUGAGUCCACAUUUGACCCUGUGACUCGCAGCCAUGACGAGGUGGGCUCGGGCCAACAACGUCCACAAGCACAAGGCGGCCGAGGCCACGCCGUGGAGUCAGCUGAGGGCGAGGGGAGGCCCCAAAGGAGGCGGAGGCGGAGAACCUCAGAAGAACCGCGCUCGAGGAACGCAGCCGAGCGGCUCCGCGGCGAAGAAGCCCAACAACAAGAAGAAGAAGAAAGACUACACGGACCAAGAUGUCAACGGCUUCCUGGAGUUUCUGCAGCGGAGCGGACAAGCGCCGGCGGACGGCCGGGAGGAGCUCAGGCAGGAGGUGCACGUGGCCUUGAGGAAGGACCAGCGAAGAGAAAACAGGAGGCUCAAGAGGCAGACGGACAAGAAGAGCAAAAUGCUGUGCUUCAACUGCAGGAAGCCCGGCCACGGCCUGGCCGACUGCCCCGAGGCCGAGCGGGACCACGAGAUGGGCCGCGGCAUCUGCUACCGGUGCGGCUCCGCCGAGCACGAGAUCCAGCGCUGCCGGGCCAAAGUGGACCCCGCCGUCGGCGACUUCCCGUACGCCAAAUGCUUCAUCUGCGGCCAGACGGGACAUUUGUCGCGCUCCUGCCCCGACAACCCCAAAGGGCUCUACGCUCAAGGAGGAAGCUGUCACGUUUGCGGAUCGGUGGAACAUUUCCAGAAGGACUGUCCCGAACAUCAAGUCUCAAGUCAGUGCGUGACCUUGGACUGGCUGUCCAACAACAUCAGCGCCGACCACCAAGACGUCCACGUUCCCGUCACCAAAAACCGGCCCCGGCGCCAAAAGGUGGUCGUCUUCUGAUGGCGCCGGAUCGCGUUUCUUGUCGCGACCGCUUGUUGUCUUCCGGGAUGCCAAAUCAACCCAAAAUAUAUAUAUUUUUUUUUCUUUCUA